AUGAGCUACCUCCCGGGGCUCCUCACCUUGCACCAUUCCCUCGUCUCCUCAAACACAGUCUACCCCUUCAUCGCCCUGCACACAGACUCCUUCCCCGAGGAGGGCCGCGCCGCCAUCGCCGCCCGUGGCAUCCCCCUCCACCGGGUCCCGCGCCUCCGCCCCGCGGGCACGAGAGCCUGUACGCGCGAGCCGCGCUUCGAAGACACCUGGACCAAACUAACCGUCUUCUCCCUCACCGCGUACGCUCGCGUCGUCCUCCUCGACUGCGACAUGCUCGUGCGCAGGAACAUGGACGAGCUGAUGACGCACCCGCCCCUGAACCCCGCUGCCGCCAGCAGCACCGCCGGCAUAAAGGUCUUCGCCGCCGGCCACGCGUGCACCUGCAACCCGCUCAAAAAGCCCCACUACCCGCCGACCUGGGUCCCGGCCAGCUGCCCGUUCACGGCGCACCACGCGGACCGCGCCCCGCGCCCGCUCGGCCUGCUCAACAGCGGCCUCCUCGUCGUGGUCCCCUCCGUGGCGCACUUCGGCGCGAUAGCGGCGCGCGUCGAGAACGCGCCUGCGGAGUGGGUGUUUCCCGACCAGGACCUGCUUGCGGAGCUGUUCCGGGGCCGGUGGGUCGGGUUGCCGUAUGUGUAUAACGCGCUGAAGACGCUGCGGUGGCGGGGCGUGCAUGAUGUUAUCUGGAGGGACGAGGAAGUCAAGAAUGUCCAUUACAUCCUCAGCCCCAAGCCCUGGGAUUGUUGUGAAGACGAUGGUGCGGAGGGCCAUGACGAGUCGCAUCGGUGGUGGUGGGCGGCGGACGGGGAACGUAGGGCUCGGGAGAAAGCCGAUGGGAUUGCGGACGGGUACUGA